AACAAAUCAGAUUUCUUCGUCGACGACCAAAUUAGACCAAAAAGCUCGAGAUUUAUCUCUCGCGAUUGUUUAAUUCGGAUCCGUUGUAUUCUACCCUUCUGUUCGCCGCUGGGGAGCGGAAGGGAUGGGGGGGUUUUGGGAAAGUUGGCGUCGGCUGUUAGGGUUUGUGGUGGUUGUGUUGAUAGUGCUUAUGUCGGCGGCGAUUCCGGCUGUGGGGAGGUUUGUAGUGGAGAAGAACAGUUUGAUGGUGACGGCGCCAUCGGAUAUGCGUGGAAAGCACGACAGUGCCAUCGGGAACUUCGGGAUACCGCAGUAUGGAGGGAGUAUGUCGGGGACAGUGGUUUACCCAAAGGAUAAUCAGAUGGCGUGCGAUGAGUUCAGCUCUUCGUUUCGGAAAAAGCCAGGCGCUAUGCCUACCUUCCUCCUCGUUGAUCGGGGAGAUUGUGUAUUUGCUAAGAAGGUGUGGAAUGCGCAGAAUGCUGGUGCUUCUGCUGUUCUUGUUGUUGAUAACACCAAUGAGCCACUGAUAACCAUGGAUUUGCCCCACGAGGAUGAUGAAGCUGCAAAAUAUAUUCAGAAUGUAACUAUUCCCUCUGCCCUCAUUGACAAGAAGUUUGGACAAGAUUUAAAGAAAGCUGUUGCCAGUGGUGAAAUGGUCAAUGUUAACCUUGAUUGGAGGGAAGCUGUUCCACAUCCGGAUGAACGCGUGGAGUAUGAGCUGUGGACAAACAGCAAUGAUGAGUGUGGGGCUAAAUGCGACAUGUUGAUGGAAUUUACGAAAGAUUUUAAGGGUGCAGCUCAAUUACUUGAGAAAGGCGGUUUUAGCCAGUUUACUCCCCAUUACAUUACCUGGUACUGCCCUGAGGCAUUCCUUCUCAGCAAACAAUGCAAGUCUCAGUGCAUUAAUCAUGGGAGAUAUUGUGCGCCAGAUCCUGAGCAGGACUUCAGCACAGGAUAUGAUGGGAAGGAUGUGGUUGUUGAAAAUUUAAGACAACUUUGUGUGUUUAGAGUUGCGAAUGAAAGCAAGAAGCCUUGGAUUUGGUGGGAUUAUGUAACUGAUUUUCACAUAAGAUGUCCUAUGAAGGAGAAGAAAUAUAACAAAGAAUGUGCUGAUUCUGUCAUCAAAUCCUUAGGCCUCGAUGCUGAUAAGAUUGGAAAAUGUAUGGGAGAUCCAAAUGAAGAUGCUGAUAAUCCUAUCUUGAAAGAAGAGCAAGAUGCCCAGAUUGGAAAGGGUUCCAGAGGAGAUGUCACCAUACUGCCUACACUCGUUGUUAAUAAUCGGCAAUAUAGAGGUAAGUUGGAGAAAAAAGCUGUGCUAAAAGCUAUUUGUUCUGGUUUUGAGGAAACUACGGAGCCUGCUGCUUGUCUUAGUGAUGAUAUUGAAACAAACGAGUGUCUUGAUAAUAAUGGGGGUUGCUGGAAAGAUAAAGUAUCCAACAUUACUGCAUGCAAGGAUACAUUUCGGGGCAGAGUUUGCGAGUGUCCCCUGUUCAAUGGUGUGCAGUUCAAGGGAGAUGGCUACAGCCAUUGCGAAGCCAUGGGUCCGGGGAGGUGUAGGAUAAACAAUGGGGGUUGUUGGCAGGAAAAUCGCAAUGGGAGCACCUUCUCUGCUUGCCAGGAAUCUGAAGAUCACAAAUGCCAAUGUCCCCCUGGUUUCACAGGAGAUGGUAUCAAGAAUUGUGAAGAUAUUGAUGAGUGCAAGGAGAAAAAAGCUUGCCAGUGUCCAGAAUGUAGCUGCAAAAACACGUGGGGUGACUAUGAGUGCACCUGCACUGGAGAUCUUUUGUACAUUAAGGAACAUGAUACAUGCAUAAGUAAGAAAGUUGGUGAAGCCCGGGCAACGUGGGCUGCUGUAUGGAUAAUCUUGAUUGUCUUGGCUGCUAUCGCUGGUGGAGCAUAUAUGGUAUACAAAUAUAGACUGCGGUCAUAUAUGGAUUCAGAGAUCAGAGCUAUUAUGGCGCAGUACAUGCCACUUGACAGUCAAAAUGAGGUACCGAGCCAUUCUCAUGAAGAAAAUCAUAUCUGAAAAUGGUUAAGAGAACUGCUUUUCCUAUUGGGAAUACGAUUUUUCAUCUUUACGUUGAGAUGAUCUACUCACAAAACUUGUGAGUCAAUAAAAAAAGCAAGAUAACGAGGACUUAACACGUAACAUGAGGGAAGUCUAUGAGUACAAUGAGAAGGAAAAAAAAAACAGAAGGAAACCAGGGUAGAAGACUUGCCAUUUUUUUUUUGUUUUAUCACCCAAUUGUUUGGCUUGGUUUGUAUAGAAUUCUUGUAACAUUUUCCAAGUAUUUACCUGCUAGCUCAGUUGAGAGAGAGAGAGAGAGAGAGAGAGAGAGAGAGAGAGAGAGUUUGGUUUCAUUGUCUUCUCUUUGGAUAUUAUAACUGUUGGUUAGUGUUUUACUGCUGCAAUAUUUUGAAUCUGUAGAUCAGUAUUUGAUAAAUACUCAAACAUGUUUAUCAUCUGCUGUGAGAAAUCAUAAACUAUGGAUAAAUUUUUUGCCACUUCAAAUUACUGAUAAUGAUGAGAUGUUA